AAUAGCGUAUUGCUUUUCCCUCACUGUUUGUAAAAUUAAAAAGUGCAAUAAAAUGGAGGCUGAACCAAGCCUAAUUACAAAGAUCUUUAUUCAAAGAGACUACACUUAUGGAACUGGUGUGAGAUUCCGUGAAGAUGUCCCUCAAGAGCUUUCUGGAAAGAUUGAACCAUCAGUGUACAAGGAAACUUUGGAACAUGUAAAUGAGAUAUUUGAAAAAGCUGAGGCUAUGAGUUGUAGGACCAUCACUGAGGGUUGCUUCAGCUGUAUAACUGGAUACACACUGCACUACUGCUUCAAGACUUAUUAUGAACGAUGUGUGGAAGAAGUGGCGAGAUACCUACAACAGCAAAACGACAGCGUGUAUUUGAACAAAGGCAUCACUUUUGGCGACCCCAUGGAUCGAGGCUUGAGAUGUAUGGAGGUGGUCAUUGCAAGGACGCCAAGAGAGACCAACAUGUGACAUCAUUCACAGUGAACUGAUAUCAAACAUUGUGUAAUAGUCAAUCAAUGUACAAAUGCUAUUUUGUUUUUAUGUCAUCCUGUUUCCUGUUAUACUAUUACUGUAUAAUUAUAGUGUUGUUUAUGUGUAUCACAAAUUUCAUUAUUACUUGAAUAAUUUUAUGAAAAAUGA